AUGGACGCAAUAGACUAUAAACCGGUCAAAGCCCGUGAUCCUAUCCCAUCUACCGGACGUGAGCCUUACACUUACCCAGAUGACUUCGAAGUAGACGCCGAUCUACUGCAAGCCAUCAAGGCUUGGACUGACUCCCAGGAGCAAGCCGAAGCUCUCGUCCCAGCCCAAGCCUCUUCAGUAACCCAGGGGGCUGAAGAACCAGGGCAGGAGACCGGAGACGGACAAGUCUCCCAGUCAAAGGCCGAGUCAGACCUGUUCGAGAUCGACGAGGCCGAGCUCCUCGCCCAACUCGACGAGGAGCUUUCUGAGCAGCAUCCGGUGGACUACAACUCCACCGACGAGCGACUAGAUGCCAUCCUGAAGGCAGAUGGCGGUGCGUACCGCGGGUACGUCACCAGUUACGAGGACUGCCUGGAGCUGGAGGCGGCAUACCUGCGCCGACAGGACAAGUCGGCGGCCUUUCUGGAGGGCACCACCUGCGCAGACUUCCCGGAGACGGUGGAGGAGCAGCGGGCGUGCGUGAGGGAGCUCUUCCAUGGGAUGAAGAACAUGGAGGGGAUUGUGGACUGCGGCGGAUGGGUGCCGAGAAAGGGGCCGGAAGGAAAGGUUCUGAAGGUCGACGGCAAGCCAACGGCCGAGAAAGUCCUGGAGCCGACGGCGGUUGCGGAAAGGGUUGCCAAGCUCCGAGGCGUCGAAGUAGAGCUCCUGGCCUGGAAUCUCUUGGAAUCCAAGGCGAUAGUCAUGGGUCUAACCGAUCACCAGUGGAUCCUCCGUGUGGCACGGAGCCCGGCUGUCGAGACCAAGAGAAAGGUCUGCAACCGACAGAUCAAUCCCAAGCGGCACGGGGAGUCCAUGCGUGGACGAAUGUCGAUGAGGGAUCAGAGCCUGGAAGAGUUGCCGCCUCCUGUCGAGAACCCGGCACUCGAGGCUGCGACAGCCAGGCUAAAGACCAGGAAGCGAAGCCGUGAGAAGACGGCCGGUGACGAUGAAGGCGUUACCAAGAAGCAGAAGAGAGCUAACACUGCGACGUCCGCCCUACCAACUCCUCCCAGCUCGAGCCCAGACUCGCCGUCGUCGUCGUCGCCGCCAUCUUCUGCAUCGCCGGCUCGAGCAAUCGAGCAACUAAAAGUCCACAUGUACCAACGUGGACAGAUGACGUACGAGCAGAUGCGCGCACAAUGUGCGAGACCGAGGAUGGUCUAG